AUGGAUAAAGGCAGUGACUGUAGUGACGGCAUUUGUGUAAUUCAUUUUGAGGGAAAAGAAGGGCAAAUUAAAUAUUUAACACAAGAAACACUAGAUAAAAUAGUCGAAAGAAGGGAACAGUGGCUAUGUCUAUCGUCGGAAUAUUCAGAUUUUACGAAGGUAGCAAAAAAGUCGUUUGAGUUUAUCCCAGAAAGUUUGAACGUAAAUGACAUUGCAAAAAACUAUUUCUAUCAUUCCGCAUGUUGUCGCAAUUUCACUGACAUCAGUAAGUUUGAAAGGGCCAAAAAAAUAUUGAGUAAUGCAGGUAGAAAGCGUCAAGGUGAUAGCCCCAGCGAGAAGGAGGAAGAAGUCAAACCAACGCCAGAAAAAGUACCCCGAACUACGAGACAAUCUUUUGCAACUGCACAUGCUACAUCGGCUUCUGGAUCGUCAAGUGUUUUACCCAAGUCUUGUUUGAUUUGUAAACAACCGGGACCAAUCUUUUUUACAGAUAAGGUAUUUUUUUAUUUUUAUGUUGCAUUAUACUUAUACUUAAGCAUUAUACACAAUGAUAUAGUUAAUCAUCUGAUACACUAAAUAUAUUCUUUAUAGGCGACAAGAAAACGUGUAAAACAAGAAUUAUCAGUUGCACAAACGUUAACAGCUGGAAUUUUGGAAAAGGCGGCAGCGUUAAAAAAUGAUGAAAGUAUACUUUUGCAUAUUCGUGGAAAGGACUGUGUAGCAAUAGAAGCAAGGUAUCACAAAAAUUGUUACCAGAGGUAUACGAAAUGUGUUUCAAAUAAAUCAAGAGAUUCUGGUCCGACCUUGUAUGAUAGAGCCUUUGAAGAAUUUUGCACACGAAUAAUUGAGCAACGCAUCAUUAAAAACAAGGAGAUUUUAUUUCUUAGCUACCUAUUAAAAACGUUUAUCAGCUGUGUGCAGGAAAUAGAACAUAUCGACGUACCCUACCAGGCUGCCAGACUUAAGACCAGGAUUGGAAUGCGAUAUCCGCAAAUCAUUUUUCAUACCUCAAAAACUAUGAAUAAAGGAACUCUCGUUUAUGCAGAUAAUGUGAUUCCAGGUGAAGUGGCCGAUGAUUUGAUGGAAAUACGCAACAAAACACAAGAUGACGAUGACGAAUUCAAUGCACACGAUCCAUUAAGUGAUAUCACCCAAACUUCAUCGCAGGUUAAUGGCUGUUCUUUUUAA